AUAUACUCUCGAACGUUUACACAAUACUUGCCCAGUUGGCAUUUGCUGUGCACGAGACUUUUAGUCGUAUAUAAAUUGAAAUUGUGUUUUUUUUUAUUUUAUUAUCUGUAAGAUUUUACGAGGGUGUGUCUCACGUUUGGCUGCUUAUCAAGUGAACUCACGUUCCGUAUCGCCGGCUGCCGCCAAUGUUAGACCCCCAAUGAACGUCCAAGGGCAACGAAAUUCAAGUAUUUACAUAACAAGACGAGAUUGGCUCCACGCUCACCUGAACCAUUCCCAGCUUCACGAUGUUGCGAUCAAUGCGUAAUCAGUUUGUCAGCUCCGUUCGGCCACAGAACGCACUUCAAAGCUAUGCGCGCGCAAUUGGCAGUGUGGUCAUGCAACCAAAGUUGAAGGAUUUCAACAUUAUCAAUGAGCCAAUACUGGCCUAUAGGAAGGGCUCGGAGGAGCGCAAGGCUUUGCAACAGGCAUUGAAGACCACGGCGUCAACGUGUACUGAGGUGCCUAUUGUUAUUGGCGGUAAGGAAUACAAGACGGACAAGAUGAUGUUUCAGGUAAUGCCGCACGACCACGGUCACAAGUUGGCUGCUUUCUACUAUGCCGAUAAGAAACUGUUGGAGCUGGCAAUCAAAACGGCUGUGGAAACACAGGUCAAAUGGGAUCGGAUUCCACUAGUCGAUCGCUUAGCUAUUUGGGAACGUGCUGCUGACUUGAUGGCUGGAAAAUAUCGUCAGGAGUUGAAUGCAGCAACUAUGUUGGGACAAGCCAAGACGAUCAUACAAGCCGAAAUCGAUGCAGCAGCUGAGCUUAUCGAUUUUAUACGCAUUCACGCCUAUUUCCUCAAGGAGUGCGUCAAGUAUAUGCCCAUCAGCGAGAACACAAAGGUUACAAAGAACUCUAUGCGUUAUCGUGGCAUUGAUGGCUUUAUCGCCGCCGUCAGUCCAUUCAACUUCACUGCCAUUGGUGGCAAUUUAGCCUACACGCCCGCACUGAUGGGCAACGCUGUGUUGUGGAAGCCUUCAGACACGGCCCUGCUAUCCAAUUGGCGCAUUUUCAACAUCAUGCGCGAGGCUGGCGUACCCGAUGGGGUUGUCAACUUUGUGCCGGCGGAUGGGCCGGUGUUCGGGGACACGAUUACCGCCUCACCCCACUUGGCGGGCAUCAACUUCACCGGUUCGGUGCCCACAUUCCAGCGGCUGUGGAAGCAGGUGGGCAACAAUAUUGAUAAAUAUAUUAACUUUCCGCGCCUUAUUGGCGAAUGUGGUGGCAAAAAUUUCCACUUUGUGCACGAAUCAGCGGAUGUUGAAACAGUAGUCACAUCCACAAUACGUUCAGCCUUCGAGUACAGCGGUCAAAAGUGCUCUGCCUGCUCUCGCAUGUAUGUGCCAGAGUCGUUAUGGCCGAAGAUCAAAGAGGGACUAGUCCGCGAAGUAAAGAAACUGAAAAUCGAUGACGUGCAGGACGUAGCCACGUUCACAUCUGCUGUCAUCGAUGACAAAGCAUUUAAACGCAUUACAGGCUAUAUUGAACAUGCCAGAAAGAGCCCUAAUCUAGAGAUCCUGGCAGGCGGUACCUAUAGCGAUAGCAAGGGUUACUUUAUCAAUCCAACAAUAGUACAAACCACAGAUGCCAAGGAUCCAAUUAUGACUGAGGAGAUCUUUGGACCCGUGGUUACCAUUUAUGUAUAUAAAAACGCUGAUUUGACGAAUGCUAUGAAACUGGUGCAUACCUCAACAGCUUUUGCGCUAACAGGCGCCGUGUUCGGACAGGAUGAGGACUUUAUCAACUGUGCCUUGCAGGAAUUUAAAAUGGCUGCGGGCAACUUCUAUAUCAAUGAUAAGUCCACUGGCUCUGUGGUGGGUCAACAACCAUUUGGCGGUGGCCGCAUGUCUGGCACUAAUGACAAAGCUGGUGGACCACAUUAUAUACUACGCUGGACAUCACCUCAAUCCAUCAAAGAAACGUUUGUGCCGCUGCGCGACAUAAACUAUCCCUACAUGAGCGAAUAAGGGACAAGGAAGCAAAUUAAAAAACGACAGGAAUCUCAUUUAAAACACUAACUCAUAUAUAUAUAUUUAUAUAUAUAUAAACAUAUAAAAGGGGAAUGUAUAUGUAUUUUGUUGAACUAUUUUUAACAUACGCACCUUCCUAGUUAACCGCUACAUUUGUAUGUAGUUCAAUGUUAUAUCAAAUCUGCUGUAUUUUAAUCGCCUCGAACAACCAACCAAAUGCCGAAAGAAGUUGUAAAUUGAUAUGCUGAUUACCAUAAUAAAGUCUCACACAUACACUAACAUGUAAUGUAACUCGAAUUAUAAAAUACGUUUUAAAUUAUAAAGUAAAUUUUUAAACCAA